AUGUCAAACCGCUUCAUUAAACAAAAGGAGCCAGCAGAGAAUGAUGAACUACUUGGAUUCAAAGCACAGCCAUGGCAUCGAUGGUGUGUCCUAUUUUCAUUCUCAUUCUUGUCAUUCUCAAGUGCUCUCAUGUGGAUCACAUUCGCCCCUUGCCUAUAUGACUUUGUUGAAUACUACUUCCAAUCGUCCACGACUACUACUAUCAAUGCCAUUAGCUCCAUGUCGUCGAUCUACAUGCUUAGUUAUCCUUUUGUGAUUCAUUUUACUUUCCGAUACUUUGAAGACUACAAGACCAGUCAGGGCAAUGUUCCUGGUAAUGGACUCAGACGGGGUAUUCUGAUAGGCGCGGUGCUCAAUGCGUGUGGAGCGAUCGUUCGUUGGCUAGGAAAUGGACCAUCUCCGGCUGGAUUUGCUUUUGUAUUUCUAGCUCAAGCGUUUAUACUCUCGAUUCCACCUCGGUUGGCUGUGGCUUGGUUCCCGGAAAACGAAAUCAAUCUUGCAACUGCUAUUGCAGUAUCGUGUAAUAGUCUAGGUAUUGCUGCUGGUUGUGCAUGGUCACCAUUAGCUAUCCAGAAAGAAACUAUCGAAGAGGACAUCCCAAGGUUAUUGCUCAUGCAGUGCCUCAUGUGCCUCUUUGUCUUACUAUUAAUCUGUUUGUCCUUCCGAGAAUCUCCCCCGUAUCCUGAACGAAUUCAAAAUGAAGCAAGCUCGUCCGAGCAGAUUGCCGAGUUGUGGAAACAAUGGCCAUUUAUUUAUAUGCUGGUAGCAUAUGCUAUAAGCAUGGGGGCUCAGUGUACGGUUGUUACUUUGCUGGCACAAAUAAUAAUGCCACCCUUUGAAGGCCGAGUGGAUGAACGAUAUAUUGGAUUACUUGGAUCUAUGAUGCUCUUAGUAGGUGCUCUAGCAAGCGUCUUCACCGGAUAUUACUUAGACCGGACUCAUGAGUACCGGCGUGUCUGUAAUAUGCUGUUCUUUAUCACAUGUCUGAGCGGGCUUGGGCUCUCUGUAGCCACAGAGCAAAGAUCACUCUCUGGCAUUGUUGUGUCAUGUGGUCUUUUUGGUCUCUCUUCUUCUGCCAUUAUUCCUGCUAUUUGUCAAUAUGCAAGUGAGCUAUUUUAUCCAGUCAGCGAAAUAAUUCCUGCUGGUUACCUAUUUACCGUCGGCAAUAUAGCUGGUGUCCUGAUGGUAGCUAUUAUGGGAUGGAGUCAGGAUGAAGGGGCCAAGUAUUCGAUGCGCCUGCCUAUGCUUGGGCUUACUCUGUUCUUAUUUAUCGGCGCUGGAUUUAUGGUUCGCGUAAACGGGCAGCUAAAGAGAUCAAACGCCUCUCUCUUGUAG